AUGAAAAGACUCAAUUCUAGUCCAGUAUUACAAGAAUCAUAUGAUAAGAGUGUUCUAUCGCACCAAGACCUUAAGGAGGCAGAAAAGUCAAUACUGAAAUUUGUUCAACAACAAGAAUUUGACACAGAAAUCAAUGCUCUUGCUUCAGGAAACUCUCAUGUGAAUCGUAGAAGUCGAAUCAGGAACUUGGAUCCAUUUUUGGAUGAUGGAAUCUUACGUGUCGGCGGUCGACUACACCAGUCAAGUAUUCCAGCAGAGAUGAAACAUCAAGUUAUUCUAUCCAAAGAUCAUCAUGUGUCAAUCAUUCUUAGACAAAUUCACCAAGAACUGAUGCAUAGUGGUAGAAACCAUAUGUUGGCAAAGUCAAGAGAAAAGUAUUGGAUUAUUCAUGCUCCGUCAGCUAUCAGGAAGCUGAUAUCAAGAUGUGUUACAUGUAGACGAUUCAAGUCGAAAGUUGAAGAGCAGAAGAUGGCAAAUCUACCAAAGGAUCGUAUUAUUCCAGAUGAACCACCAUUUAGCAGAGUAGGAGUCGAUUACUUUGGACCGUUCGAAGUAAAACAAAAGAGAAGUCGUGUGAAACGUUAUGGCGUAAUAUUCACCUGCUUGGCAAGUCAAGCUGUACAUUUGGAAGUAGCAGCUUCAUUGGACACUGAUUCUUACAUAAAUGCCUUGCGACGCUUUAUUGCCAGAAGGGGACAAGUUAAGAAGAUACGUUCUGAUAAUGGAACUAAUUUUGUUGGUGCCGAACGUGAACUUGCCCGAUCCAUACAGGAAUGGAAUCAACACCAGAUUCAAAAGUCAAUGUUACAGAAGAAUGUAGACUGGCAGUUUAACCCACCAGCUGGAUCACAUCAUGGUGGAGUGUGGGAAAGAAUCAUUCGAAUUAUUCGCAAGGCCAUGAACAGCGUUGUAAGGGAACAGACCUUGGACGACGAAGGACUUAAUACCCUGAUGUGUGAAAUCGAAUAUAUGAUCAACGAUCGACCAAUCACGAAGAAUACAGAUCACCACUCUGAUUUGGAACCACUUACACCAAACCAUUUGCUCUUAAUGAAGCGAAAGCCGAACCUGCCUCCAGGAGUUUUUGAUAAGGACGACAUCUAUCACAGGAGACGGUGGAGACAAGUUCAAUAUAUGGCAAACCUGUUUUGGCAUAGAUGGGUACCGGAAUACCUACCGCUUUUACAAGAAAGACAGAAGUGGCACGAAAUCAAACGGAACUUGCAAAUUGGUGAUGUUGUGUUAAUAGUCGAUUCUAAUUCUCCGAGAAAUUCGUGGCCUAUGGGCAUUAUUUGUGAAACUAUCCCGGACUGCAACGGACUUGUGCGACAAGUUAAAGUUAAAACUGCGACAAAUAUUCUGAUCCGCCCCGUUGAUAAACUCUGCCGGAUUCUAGAAGGAGAUUGUUAG